UGGAUGCAGGGAGACUGGGAUGUGCUGGGCUGCGGGAGGCCAGGCCUGAGGCCCUGAGAGUUUCCUGUGCUGGGUUCAACACUCAAUAAACACUCCUGUGUGACACUGGCUGAGAGUCGCUCAGGUCUAGAGAACAGGGCAGGGGUGGGGGGGCAUCGUCCCCUUCGGGGGUGGAGGCCCCGGGGGUCCAGUGCAAGUGGACUCCCUGGGGGGCCCAUGGCGAGAAACAGGGGUGCUAAGGCUCAGAGAGGUGCGGCUCCAGGAGGUGGAGGGGCCUGACCCCGGGAGAGAGUGGACCCCCGAGAAGGGCUGUCUCACUGAAAGGGGCACCCCCCGCAGACCGCACGGGGCCAAGACUGGGCACGAUCUGUGAGUCCGUGACACUCCCCCUUUGCCGUGUUGUGCGUGGAUGCAAGCCCUAUGAGUGCGCAAACCCCUCUGUGUGCAUGCAAAUCCCUUGCUGGGCGUGCAAAUUCCUUUGCAAUGUGCAGAUCCCCUUGGGAGCCUGCAAAUUCCACGUGAAUGUGCAAGCAACUGGCUCUGUGUGCAACUCCCCUUCCUCCCAGAGCAUGCAACUCCCUCAACCCUUCGUGGAGAGGUUGGGGGGCAACAGCCCUGUGCUGGGGGCAACCCCAGCUGCCCCCGAUGUGCAGGGCGUGUAAGGGCGGCUCCUUGCCUGUCAGCAUGUGUGUGUCCAACCCCGAUGCGAGAGUGCAAAGCGCCUGGGGCCCCCGUGCCGAUUCAGCCUCCCUCACAGGCUCCCCUGUGUGCAAGUUGCCCCCCGUGCAUGUGCACAAUCCGCUCUGAAUGUGCAAAGUCCUCUGCCACACCAUACGUACAGGUCCUCCCCACCCCGUUUGUACAGAGCCCCUUGCGCCUGGCUGUAUACCUUCAGGUGUGCCAAGUACCCUGGGCACGUGGAAAGCAGAUGGCAGGUGUGCCAAUGCCCCCCAACCUGCCAAACGCCUUGGGUGUGCAAAGCCCCGCUGGGACUGUGCAAAAGUCCUUGUGCGAGUGCAAAGCCCCUUGUGCAUGUGCAACACCCCUCCCCCCCGGUGUGUGCGUGACGCCCCUGCCAGCCAGCUGCUGCCUCUUACCUCCGGAGCAUGGUGCCCGCGAGGCCCUGGCUCAGCGUGUGGGAGGAGACGCUCCCAUUUCGCCCUGGCAGGUGUGGGGCGAGGGGUCCUGGCAGACGUCGGGUGCUGUUACCUGACACAUCCCCUGCGUGUCUCUCCCCACCCCCCGCUCCAGGCAGGGGACGCGGCGUGGGGGGUGGGGGGACGCCAGACUGAGCAAUGGAGGGUGACGGGAGCUGACAAGGCAGCGUCUGGGGGGAGGUUCAGAGACCCACGGGGGGGUCCCUCACCCCAGCGCUGCUGCCCCUCCCCUGCCCUCUAUAUCUCCUGGUCCCCUCCCUCCCCGCCCCACUCUCCUGGGUGCCCCAUGGCUCUGCAAGACUUGCUGCACCGCCGGCCCCGCUCCCCGCCGCCUCCAUGGCCCCUGCCACCCCCCUGCCUGGCGCCUGCUGGCACCCCCUGCCCCCUGCCCCACGGCACCACCACGCUGGCCUUCCGGCUGGCCCAGGGCGUGGUGGCAGCGGCUGACACCCGCUCGUCCUGCGGCACCUACGUGGCCUGCCCGGCCUCCCGCAAGGUGCUGCCCGUCCACGCCCGGCUGCUGGCCACCACCUCGGGGACCUCGGCUGACUGCGCCACAUGGCUGCGGGCCCUGCGCUGCCAGCUGGCCCUGCGGCGCCAGGAGGACGGGCGGGAGCCAGGCGUGGCCGAGGCGGCGGCGCUGCUGGCAGGCGGGCUGCGGGCACAGCGGGGGCGCGGGCUCUGCGUGGCUGUGGCGCUCUGUGGCUGGGACCGAACCGGCCCCGGCCUCUGGUACGUCUACAGCGACGGCACCCGCCUGCCCCUGGACGUGGUGGCCGUGGGCUCCGGCUCGCCCUACGCCUACGGGCUGCUGGACGGGGCCUACCGCCCCGACAUGCCGCCUGCCGCCGCCUACGCCCUGGCCCGCCGCGCUGUGGCCCAUGCCACCCGCCGUGACGCCUACUCUGGGGGCUGCGUUGACGUCUUCCACGUGCGCCAGAGCGGCUGGGUCUGGGUGUCCCACAGCGACGUGGGGGAGCUGGGGGGCCUGGCCCGGGCCUUGGGGCCCACCGAGGAGGAGGAGGAGGAGGAGGGAGCAGAACAGACCAGUGUGGACCAGUAUAAACCAGCAGGAACCAGCCUGGAGCGUCAUUAGCCAGUCUAUACCAGUAUAAACCAGCAUGGACCAGUACAAACGGACGGAGCAUUAUUCCUCUGCAUGGACCAGGAUCCACCAGCAUAAAGCAGUUUAAACCAGUAUAAACCAGCAGGGCACCAUGACUACAGCAACCCUGCACCGGACCAGGACAACCCAGCUUGGACUCACACACACCAGCGUGCGCCUGAAGGAACCGGCUCAGACCUGCCUGAACCGCCGUGGACCAGUAACAACCGGCUGGGAGGGACCCCCGGCGCAGGCUGCUGGAACUGGUAUCAACCGGGAUGUGCCAGUAGAUGACCAAUAAAUGCGGCUGUGGCUGGGCAUUGCAGUGUCCGGGGGCUGAGACGUAUGGGGGGGGGGGGGUUACAUGUUUAUCUCCCCAGCUGGCACCAUCCCUCCAUCCCCCCGCCCCACAGCGACCCCUGCAGGGCGAGGCUGGGACUGGAGUAACUGGGAGCCCCCUGCCCCACGCGCCCGGCUGCUGGGGGUUGUUAUUCCAGCCACGCCCUGCGGCACGUCACUCCCAUGAUCUGA